GAUUGUUUGUGUGUUAUAAACACAUUUUAAAAUAUCAUUUAUUUAUUCUCAGACAUGAAGGAACUCUCUUCAAAGGUCUUCGUCUUGUCUUUAACACACUUGUGUGUCCUCUGGAGUGGUCUGGAUGAGGCUUGGGCUCAGGACGCAGUCGCUGGUCAUGGCUCGCUACGGCCGGGGUUGACAUGGCAACAUAACGGGCAGGUUUUCAGCAUCCUGAGCCGCGGUGCCCAGUACCGGCCGUCCGGCAGGAGGCAAGCCGAGACGCAGACCCGCGGCGAUACCGUGGUGGUCGUCAGCAACGGCGACAAUGACACGGUGCCCUCCGCAGCACAGUCCCGCGGCUCCCCGCGAGUCCCCGCAGCCAGCGGCAGUGCGCAAUUACGCACGAUGACGCGUCGGUGGCACCAACAGCAGGAUCCGCUACCAUCCGAAGGCGAAGGUGCCUCUGCCACAGUGAGACGCGAGGACAUGAUGGUCGGAGAUGAUCCGUACAACCCGUACAAGGCUUCUAACUAUUAUCCCUAUUAUAACUACUACAACUCCUACUACAGACCGAGAGCCCGGAGCCAAUAUCGACAUGGACACGGCACCAGCUACCACCAGAACGGUCUUCCUGACCUGGUUCCUGACCCCUACUACAUCCAGAUCGCCACCUACGUCCAGAGAAUGCCCAUGUACAACCUGCGCUGUGCUGCUGAAGAGAACUGCCUUGCCUCCUCCUCCAGAAACGCUCAUGACUAUGACACCAGAGUUUUGUUGCGUUUCCCUCAGAGGGUCAAGAAUCAAGGAACAUCUGAUUUCCUGCCCAGUAAACCUCGAUAUGCCUGGGAGUGGCACAGCUGUCACAAUCACUUCCACAGCAUGGACGAGUUCAGCCUGUACGAGCUGCUGGACCACCAAACGCAGAGUCAGGUUGCUGAGGGUCACAAGGCCAGCUUCUGUUUGGAGGACACUUCCUGUGACCCAGGAUAUUACCGCCGCUUUGCCUGCACUUCACACACCCAGGGUUUGAGUCCAGGUUGCUACGACACCUACAACGCUGACAUUGACUGUCAGUGGAUUGACAUCACUGACGUCCAGCCAGGGAAAUAUGUUCUCAAGGUGACGGUAAACCCCCGGCAGCAGGUUCCAGAGUCCAACUAUAACAAUAACGUAGUUCGCUGUGACGUCCAGUACACCGGCACCGCCGCCCAUGUCUCUGGAUGUACCAUGACAUCCCACUGAGAUGAAUUCAUGAUGGACCUGAAGAUGAAGACAUGUUUGGAGAUGAGCAAAUAUUCACAGGUGUGAAUAUUGAAGUUACACUUUGUUUACAUGUGACUAUAAUAAUUAAAUUGAAUUCAUAUUACUGAAAAAAACCAAAACACUAUUUGAUUUAAAAACAAAACAAAAACAAUAGACUUUAUACUAUUUAAUGGAUUUUUUAUUAAUCUGAUUACUUUCUAUUAAAAACGUAAAGGUUUAGGUGGUGGGUUGUUUAAACACCAAAGAUGUUACACAUUUAUUCUUUUUUUCUUUCAAUUCUAUUCUGACCAGGGCUGCA